AAAUCUGAAUUCUGAAUAAGAGAAGGGAAGAAUAUAAGGUUGGUUCCAGAAUCCUUAGAUGCGAGCCCUCAUUGGCAUUGCUCCAUUCUCUCUUCACAAUUUUCCUAACAAUGCCCAGAGCAAGCAAGGUUUGCUCAUUAGGCGUAGGCCUUCCUGCUGUAUCAGAAAGCAAAGCACACCAUCAACCAGAAGCAGCAGCAGCCUCAAAACCACUUGGCCGUCCCUCUCAUUUUCACUUUUCGGUUCCGGUUUUGUCCUUGGUCCUCUAAUUGAUGGAAUCCAUUCAAGGGUAGAACUUGUGGUGUAUCAGAAUGGCUCAACCAAUAUUGGUCCUCUUCACACUAACGUUUGGGUUCCCGUCUUACUUGGAUUGUUCUACUGCACUGUCGGUUUGCUUCAACUCUUCUUGGAUGAAAGGGCCUCCAAACAGAUUCCAGAGGGAAACCAACAGAAAAUGCUUGCCUCUUUGUUCGCACUGGUGCUAUUUAUAGAGUUGAGCGCCGAGAUGUACAAAGCAGGAGUUGCAGACAAUAUUGAAGCAUACGUGCUAUUUGUAGCGGCUGAGUUUAUAUGGUUUUCUGUGAACCGGACAUGGUUCGGCUUCCUCCUUGCAAGCAUAGUUGGUCUGGCCUGCCCACUGGCUGAGACACCCUUAAUGAAGUUCUUCCACCUUUGGUAUUAUCCACAAGCAAAUGUUGAAAUCUUUGGCCAGGGCCUGGUGACUUGGACGCUCACUUGCUAUUUUGUGUACACGCUGUUUCUGAUCAAUUAUUCACGCUGGCUGAAAUCAGUGAUCACUUCUACUAAUACAACAGAGGACAAGUGA